AUCCGUGGAUCUUCCUCUCAGCUCAGUCCGGAGCUCAGGAUUCGUCUGGAGACAAACAGAAGAUGAACUGAACUGACUUGAUGGAUUUUGACUCAUUUCAUUCUGGAUCAUAUGUUUCUGGUGACGCGAGGACAAAAGGUGAAGAGACGAUUUAAUACACGUUUUAAUUCUCCUGCACAUUUGGAAUAAAGACGACAGCUUCAUCAGUUUCUAUCAGAAUCAUGUCUCUUUAUUAUGAGAGGAAACAUCGUUGACUGUGGACGAUUCUGAUUCAGCUCGUUUAGUCCUGGACGUUUUUCUCCACUGACACAAUCUGCUGCUGUGGAACUCGUCCCUGCAUCUGUCUCCACUGGCGUUUACACCGUGAUGUCCAGAGACGUCACUCGUGCGUAAAGCCCUGGUUCCGUCUCCGGAGCGCGCAGAGGAAGCAUCGCCUCACUGAACCUCGUGUGAGAAUCAACUUUUUAUUGGACUCAGUCAUUUUGUGGAAUCUCGUCUCUUUGCUGUUGGGGAAGCACAGGAGGUGGACAGGAGGAGGAGGAGGACAAAUGCAACAUCGACUGUUUGAAUGUUAAUUUGAACAGAAGAAUGAACCCUGAGGAAAUGUUUUAGAAAUCUGUGAAUAUAAAAUCAACCCUGAGAGGAAAGAGGAGCGUUGAUAGACAGACUCACAUUGUCUCCUCAGACACUGGCAGGGUUCUUUAUUCCUGAUUUCGCUCUGUAACAGUCUGCAGGUGAGAACAGGUUGUUUUUAAAUGAUGUCUGAAAGUGAAGCGUCAGUGGAAAAUAAUGAUCCUAAUAUUGUGUAAGCAGACCUGCUCCCAGCUGCUCAGUGACCUGCGUGUGUUCCCUGGACCUUCCGUGUAAUUGUCUCUCCAACAUGGAGAAUGUGUCCAUCCCUGACGGUUCCCUGCCGGUCUGCAACGACUCUGUGGACUUCUACUCUCUCAUGUCAGGAAACCGCUCUGACCUGAACUGCACCCUUCCCUCUGAGUUCUAUCUCUACGCUGACCUUUACAUUAUCAUCCCCAUCAUCUACUCGGUGAUCUGUGCCGUGGGACUGACGGGCAACACGGCUGUCAUCUACGUGAUCCUCAAAGCUCCCAGGAUGAAAACUGUCACCAACAUGUUCAUCCUGAAUCUGGCCAUCGCGGACGACUUGUUCACUUUGGUUCUUCCGAUCAACAUCGCCGAGCACUUGUUGCACUACUGGCCUUUCGGUGAGGUUUUGUGCAAAGUCAUCCUCAGCAUCGAUCAUUACAACAUCUUCUCCAGUAUCUAUUUUCUGACGGUUAUGAGCAUCGAUCGUUACCUGGUCGUCUUGGCGACAGUGAGGUCCAAGCGAAUGCCUUACCGCACCUACCGAGCAGCCAAAAUCAUCUCAUUGUGCGUCUGGAUCCUCGUCAUCCUCGUCGUUAUGCCUUUCACUGUUUUCGCGGGCGUCUACAUAAACCCAAACGACGAGAGAAAGAGCUGCGUCCUCAGCUUCCCCAGCCCUGAGAGGCUGUGGUUCAAAGCCAGCCGGAUCUACACACUCAUCCUGGGCUUUGCCAUCCCAGUGUCUACCAUCUGCAUCUUAUACACCAUGAUGCUCUACAAGCUGAGGAACAUGCGGCUCAACAGCAAUGCCAAGGCACUGGACAAGGCCAAGAAGAAAGUCACCAUCAUGGUGUUCAUAGUUUUGGCCGUCUGCUUGUUCUGCUGGACCCCGUUUCACCUCAGCACCAUCGUGGCCCUGACGACGGACCUGACGACCACGCCCCUGCUGAUCGGGAUCUCUUACUUCAUCACCAGCCUGAGCUACGCCAACUCCUGCCUCAACCCGUUCCUCUACGCCUUCCUGGACGACAGCUUCAGGAAAGCCUUCAAGAAGAUGUUGGAAUGUAAACCGGCCUGAAUGUUUGAUGGUGCGACGCGUGAAACCUGCUGCGGACGUCGAAGGGACGAACUGAGCGAGUGCAGACUGACUGAAAGACUGAAGCUCAAAUGUGAUGCAGCUGUGACUGUUGGGUUUGCUGAAGCUGCACUGGGCACGUUGUUUGCACAUGAUGGCAGCAUCUAGCUAAAAUAAAUCGAUACACAUUCAAACUAAAUAUAAUGCACAUGACAUUCGUCAUGUGAGACUAUAAAUGCUUUUAUUGCACAGGACAGAAACACAUCAGAACAUUGCUGAGUCCAGUUUCGUGGCUGUUCUUGUGUCACGCUUGAAUUUAAAUCAUCAUUUCCUGUGGGCGAAGUCCGUCGGACCCAGUGGAAGCUAAUUGAAAAUCACUUGUAUGAGGCAGGGUGGUGUUAAAGUCACAUCUGGAAUAAGUUGGAUCUUUAAAGAAUUUGCCAUGUGCAGCUUUUUAUGUCCCUGAGAUAAAAGGACGUAUUGUCAGUUGACAGAAGUGCAACAGGGAAGGAGAGCGAGCGACAAACAGUGAUGACAUUUAAAAAGAAAAGGCCUUAAUCAUUGUGUCCCGGGAACCUGAAUAACCUUCAAUCGGAUCGUUUUACAGGUUCAAGCCAAAUUUUAAAUGUCAGACUUUUUCAUGAUGGUUAAAAAACAAAUCCAAUUACGAGGCAGUGAGGCGAGGAGGGUCGUGACCUUAACUGGACUCAGAACAAACAUCUGUGAGGGCCCAACAUCUGCUGACAGAGGUCAACACUGAUCUGCAUGCUGUCAAUCAAAUCCACAGAGUGAGUGUGACACGUCAGAGGAGAAAUGUCGUAAAACAAUCUGCCCUUAAAAGAAAAGUCUGAAUGUGAUGCAUUUUGUUGAAAUCAAAUUUUAAGGUUAACAAUAUAAAUAUAAAUACAUAAUUGUAAAAGUCUGUAAAUGAGGACAUUUGUGAAUAAUGAUGUUCUGGGACACGUUUCCCUCAGAACCCUGACAACAGUCCUGUCGUCUGAUAUGAGACGUGGGACAGGAGGCGAAAGUCUUUAUUCUUUUUGUCAGCUAGCUUUUGUCGCCCCCUGUUGAUGACAUGCCGUCAUUACCUGAAAAUACAGCCAGUUCACCGACUUUCAUCUGUACAUGUUAUAAUAAUCUUUUUAUUUUUGAUUCCCGGCCAUUCACUCACAGCUUUUUUUAACAAUAGCAACAAUCCAUUGAGAUUCACAAUCAUAAGAUCACAGACACAAUAGUGAAGAGAGGAAUGAAAGAAAGGCUUCUCUGUGUAAAAUUAUAUACAGUAUAAAUAUAUGUAAAACAUAUGUGUGUGUGUAUGUAUAUAUCCAAGGUGUAUUUAUAUGUCGGUGAAAUAAAAUGCAAAGGAUCAAAAGUAUAAGAAUCAUGUUAUAAAAAUGCUAUAAACAAAAAAGUAAUUCACACAUUGAUCCCAAAUGAAUCUGAUGUUUUCAGUAUAUAAAGAUUAAAAAUGAAAUGAUGAAGCUCGACCAAACAAGGUGAGAAAGUGCAGCUGAAUAUAUCAGUUGAAUGAGGUAAUGAGUAUUUCUUAGUGUUGCAAACUUUAUUGCUGAUUAAAUUUGAAACACGUCAGUUUGCAGCAGUGAUUUAAAAACCUUGUGAAUCAAACAGUUUGUACGAAGGCUGUGACUGCAACAACACAACUAUUCCUGUAAAUAGUCAAGUGGCUGAUAAACUGAACAGAGCUGCCUCAUUAAAACCUCAGUGUGUUGUCACGGUGAUGUAAAGUCAAAUAUGCUUCAUCAGUAGAACUUGUGUCACUCGUGUAAAAUUAUAUAAGAUUUGAGUUGAUGACUUUGAAUCAUUGUCUUUUAUGCAGCCUGUGAUAUAUUUAGGAAUCAUGGCAUUCAUUUAAAUAUUAAAUAGAUGUGUCUUUUCCCACCAGUAUUUUUUAUUUAAAAUCAGAGUCGCUGUAUUUGACAAACACAAUAAACAUACAGAAAUUAGUUUUCAUGAGAAUGGUUCAAAAACAUUGCCUUGCCUUAAAAAGUUCAGUUAUUGUUGUUAUCAGCAUCGUCUGUGGUUUGUGGUUCUUUACAUCAGCUGAAGACAUCAGAAACAAUCUGUGUCCAGGACGUCCUGACGCUGAGUCGGGUGGAAGGAACCUGAGAUGAUGCAGAACUCACAACGUGGAGCUGAUUUACUGUGAACUCAAAGUUAUAAUCAUCAUGAAAAGUAAGACAUCUGUGAGAAUCAUAUGUUCCAUUGAAAUUAAGUCAGACGUCAGCAAUUGUAAAUAUAAAGGAUGUUAUAUAUUCAAUAAAAUAUUUCAUAAUUUUCUUAUUUUCAAUAAAUCCUCUGGAGUCAACAAUGUAAUAAACCUCAUUAAAUCUUA